GGGUCCUUAGUGAAAAAAAUGGAUUACGAAAGUGUUGUGAAUCCAUUUUACGAUGAUGACUCGGAGGACAUCAUUUUUAUUGAAGCGGUGAAUAAUUAUGAGAAGAAAAGUGUUGCACCAGUGGUGAUUGACAAAAGUGAAGAAACGGGAGAAUUGGAGAACGCUUUGGACGGAUUUUACAGUGACAGUAGUGAUGACAUCAUGUUUACCGAUGUGUUGGACGACUACGAGUCCAAAAGUGGAGACAACGCAACAUCGGAGGUUAUUUCUAUCGAUAGCGAUGGAAAUAUCGGGACAUCUGGUGUCGAACAGGAAGUGUUUCACCUGGGGGACCCUGCACAGGAAAUAAUUGUGCUUUCGGCUGAGAAGCUUGACGCUGCUGAAGCUGCAGCGAAAAAGCGACUUCUGGAGGAUUCGGAAGAUGAGAAUAAUUCUCCGCCACAGGCAGGGCCUUCCAGAGCAAAGAGAUCACUGCUCGCUGAAUUGGAGCGGGAGGUGAAGGAUCUCGAAGAUGAUUUAGACGCAGAAGCUGAACGCGUGGACCGAAAAUAAGAAUAAGAGAAUUUAAAGAGAUUAUAUUCUUGUGCAUCGCACCCUGUUUUCUCCCAGCUCAGCUAGCAGGCACUCCAAGAUAUUGCGGAAAUUGACCAGCGGGAGUACUCAUCAUAUGAGGAGGAUGAAGACCCUCACUAGGAAGGGCAAUCUUUAUUUUGCUGUGGGAUGCAAGUGCAUUAUUAUCAGCAAAUAUGCAGAAA